CCUGCCAGCAUCACCAAACUUGGAAAUCUCUCUCACUUGGAUCUUUCCAGCAAUAGUUUAUCAGGUCCACUGCCUCAGCAUUUGGCAAAUUUGACAGGAAUGUUUGAAAGGCGAUAUUAUACCAAAGAGCGUGAAGAGAGGCUAUCUGGAUGUGACUACAAAUCUCUUGUGAUCAUGAAGGGCCAGGAGCUUGAGUACAAUGAAGAAAAUGUGACAGUGGUGACCAUUGACUUGUCCUCAAACUUCUUGACCGGUGUCAUCCCUGAAAACAUUACUUUUCUUCGUGGACUGAUAAAUCUGAAUCUAUCGAGAAACUAUUUGAGCGGCAAGAUUCCAUUCAAGAUUGGGGAUAUGAGGUCAUUGGAAUCGCUCGACCUCUCGAAGAACAGGCUCGAUGGUGAAAUCCCACAAAGCAUUUCUGACUUAACGUCUUUAAGCUUCCUAAACCUUUCUUGCAACAAUCUUGCUGGGAGAGUACCAUCAGGGACACAGCUUGGAACCCUAAUUGACCAGCAUCCAUACGACGGCAACGACGGUCUCUGUGGGCCUCCUCUCCCCAAGAGCUGUUCCAGCAAUGGUGCUGCCUCGAAGCAAGGUCACCUGACGACGAGAGGUGAACCAGGUUUCGACGCGCUGCCAUUUUCUGUCGGAGUUGUGAUGGGGUUCAUGGCGGGUCUCUGGAUGGUCUUCUAUGCUCUUUUGUUCAAGAAAUCAUGGAGGGUUGCUUACUUCUGCCUCUUGGACAAGAUGUACGAUGAGGUUUGUGCGAUGGUGGUUGUUGGCUGGGAAAAAGUGACAGGAAGGGAAGGUGAAGGAUUGUGGAUGUCGCAGGUUUCGUGGUCGUCCUAACUCGUCCAUCGACACUGAUGAGUACUGUGAAUGAACGAAGAUGAAGAAGCUGAAGUUGGGUUAUGUGUAUUUUGUCAUGUAGGUAGCCUGGUAGUGUUAAGAUAACAAGUAAGACAAACAUUUUUUUUAUUCCGCGGCGUUGACUUAUGAGCCAAUAUUAAAUUUGAUCAUUCAUCUUACUAGAAAUAUGUAUACAACUAGUAAUUAUUUUGUUAUGAUUUGAUUUA